AUGAAUUUCAACAGUCUUCUGCAUAAUAUUGGGGAACAACUAGACAGUGAUAAACUGGCCUCCCUCAAAUUUCUGAGCCUGGACUACAUCCAACAGCGAAAGCAGGAACACAUUAAAGAUCCCCUGGCAUUCUUCACGGCACUCCAGGAAAAGAGAAUGUUGGAGGAGAACAACCUGUCCUUCCUGAAGGAGCUGCUUUUCCGAAUUCAAAGUCUGGAUCUGCUGACCAGGUAUCUUGGCAUCAGCAAGGAGGAGAUGGAGAGAGAGCUUCAGAUACCAGGAAAGGCCCAGAUUUCUGCCUACAGGGUCAUGCUUUUUCAGAUUUUCGAAGAUGUAAACAAAGAGGAGUUAAAAUCCUUUAAGUUUUUUUUGAGAAAGGAGAUUCCCAAAUGUAAACUGGAUGAUGACAUGUCCUUGCUUGAUAUUUUCAUCGAGAUGGAGAAGAGGAUGCUCCUGGCAGACGGAAAUUUGGAGACCCUAAAAAAAAUCUGUGGCCUAAUCAGUAAGAGCCUGCUGUUGAAAAUUAAUGAGUAUGAAGACUUAAGCAGAGAGAGAAGAAUGAGCCUUGAAAGAAGUCCAGAUGGAUUUUCAAAUGGGGAGGAGUUAAUUGGAAAACUGACAAUGUCUGACUCUCCAAGAGAACUGGAAAGUGAGUUAGGGACAUCAGACAAAGUUUACCAAAUGAACAGCAAACCUCGAGGAUAUUGUUUGAUCUUCAACAAUUAUGAUUUUGCAGUAGCACGGAAGAAUGUGAGCAAGCUUUACAAAAUUAAAGAUAGAAAUGGAACAGACUUGGAUGCAGAGGCUUUGAAAAAUACCUUUAGUGAACUUCAUUUUGAGGUAAUAGAUUUCAAAAACUGCACAGCAAAGAAAAUCUGUGAAGUUCUGGAAUCCUACCAAAAUAAGGACCACGGUAGCAAAGACUGCUUUAUCUGCUGCAUCCUGUCCCAUGGAGACAAAGGCAUCAUCUACGGCACUGAUGGGCAAGAAGCCCCCAUCUAUGAGCUAACCUCUUACUUCACCGGUUUGAAGUGCCCUUCCCUUGCAGGCAAACCCAAAGUCUUCUUCAUUCAGGCUUGCCAAGGGCAUAACUACCAAAAAGGUAUAGCUGUUGAGACUGACUCAGAGCAGCAGGAAGCCUGUUCAGGAAUGGCCUCACCAUCUCAGAAGAGUUAUAUUCCAAAUGAGGCUGACUUUCUGCUGGGGAUGGCCACUGUGAAAAACUGCGUUUCCUACCGAAGCCCCAUGGAGGGGACCUGGUACAUCCAGUCACUUUGCAAGAGACUGAGAGAAAGAUGUCCUAGAGGCGAUGAUAUUCUCACCAUCCUGACGGAAGUGAACUAUGAAGUCAGCAAUAAGGAUGACACGAAAAACAAGGGGAAACAGAUGCCACAACCUACUUUCACACUGAGAAAAAAACUCUACUUUCCUCUUGAUUGA